AUGGAGAGGAUCCCCGAUUCACAUUCCCACCUAAGGCAAUUCCACUUUGUCCCCAAGGUGACAAAAACUCAUCCCAUAUUGUUCAAAGAAGAUAUCCAAAAACCAUUCAAACCAAAGGAUCCCUUUGAGUUAAACCUGCUCGUGCCUCCUCAAGCAUGGAAAGGUAAGAAGUUCCUGCAAGAAGAUGAGGAUGACGAAGAACACAUGCCCGAUGUCCUCUCAUUCAAGAUAAGCCAAGAUUCAUUCGAAGAAGUCGGUUCGACCUCGUUCCACGGGGUGAGCCACCCUCCCGAACCCACAGACACUGCCUUUCUGAAACCAGUCUAUGUCCCGAUCGGGCACAAAAAUGGGGACCCCAAUUGCUCGAUCAAGAGCCUCCCUGAUAAGGGACAUUCUUUCUUGGAAGACCACCCAAUCGGGCUCCCAAUAAAAAAUCAGAGCCCGGUAUCACUUUCGCCCACCGUGUGCCCGCCUGAGGAGCCCAAGGACUCGUCAGCUGUCUUAUCCCCAUUCGCUGAGGAAAAAGAGUGCGUGUGGGAUUCAUCCUUACCUCCGAGCGGCAACGUGAGCCCACUCAGCAGCAUCGACAGUGUUGGCAUGGCACGGACCAUGAGCAUUGCCAAUAGCUGUGCCAGCACGUAUAAAAGUGAUGGGAUAAUGAGUGACGGCAUGCUUAGCGUCGAUAAAAACUAUGACGGCAUGAAAAUGAGUAGCUUCCCGGGUGAGUCUCUUGAGAGCACAAAAACGAGCCUGAGCCGGGCGAGUGAUAGCAGCGGGAUUAGCGACGAGAGCAACUGGAGUAACAUGACUGGAAGUGCGAAUAAGCCUCAUAAAGGAAAUGAUCCGAGGUGGAACGCGAUACUUGCCGUACGGGCCCGGGAUGGAAUUUUGGGCAUGCGCCAUUUCAAGCUGCUGAGGAGGCUCGGGUGUGGGGACAUCGGGAGCGUGUACUUAUCUGAGCUGAGUGCGACCAGGUGCUUCUUUGCUAUGAAGGUGAUGGAUAAGGCAUCGCUCGCGAGCAGGAACAAGCUUAACCGGGCCCAGACGGAGAGGGAGAUCCUGCAGUUGUUGGACCACCCGUUCCUGCCGACCCUUUACACGCACUUUGAGACGGACAGGUUUACGUGCCUGGUCAUGGAGUACUGUCCCGGUGGGGACCUGCACACGCUGAGGCAGAGGCAGCCCGGGAGACAUUUUUCGGAAUAUGCCACGCGGUUUUAUGCUGCCGAAGUUCUCCUGGCAUUGGAGUACCUGCACAUGUUGGGGGUCGUGUACCGUGACCUGAAACCCGAAAAUGUGCUUGUCCGAGAUGAUGGCCACAUAAUGCUCUCAGACUUUGACCUCUCCCUCAGAUGCGCAGUCUCGCCCACCCUAGUCCGGAACUCCGCCUUCAAUACUGAGCGCGGAUCUGCCUUGUGCGUCCAGCCCACGUGCACCGAACCUGCAUCCGCAUGCAUCCAACCAUCUUGCUUCUUCCCCCGGAUCUUCCCCUCUAAGGGCAAGAAGAAGCCCGGAAAGUCACUGGCCGAGGGCACGGGGACCCGGCCCGGUAGCCUCCCGGAGCUCGUGGCCGAGCCGAACGCCCGCUCCAUGUCGUUCGUCGGGACCCACGAGUAUUUGGCCCCCGAGAUCAUAAAAGGGGAGGGCCAUGGGAGUGCAGUCGACUGGUGGACGUUCGGAAUCUUCCUGUACGAGCUGUUGUACGGGAAAACCCCGUUUAAGGGCUCGGAAAAUCGGAAGACGCUGUUCAACGUGGUUGGGGAGCAGCUCAAGUUUCCGGAUUCGCCCUCGACUAGCUACGCGAGCCGGGACCUCAUCCGGGGGCUGCUCGUGAAGGAGCCGCAGAACCGGGUGGGGAUGAAAAGGGGGGCCACUGAGAUAAAACAGCAUGCAUUUUUCAAGGGGGUGAAUUGGGCUCUGAUCAGGUGCAGCACGCCUCCCGAGGUUCCCAGGCCGGUCGAGGCCGAGUUUCCCGGGAAGUUGGCCGGGCCGGUGGAGUUGGGCGGUGUGGGGAGUGGGAGCAAAAGGGUGGCUGGGGUUGGAGCAGAGGUGAAGGGUGGGGGCAAGUUUCUGGACUUUGAGUUCUUUUAG